AUGGGUACCGACUACUACAAACUACUCGGCGUCAGCCGAGACGCAUCCGAAGAUGAACUCAAGAAGGCAUACAAGAAGAUGGCAUUGAAAUGGCACCCUGACCGUAACAAAGGCUCAGAGGAAGCUAGCAAGAAGUUCAAGGAGAUCUCAGAGGCCUUCGAAGUUUUGAGUGACAAGCAAAAGCGUACUAUCUACGACCAAUUCGGCGAAGAGGGCCUCAAGGGCGGAGGCGGCCCUCCACCUGGUGCCGGUGCCGGCGGCAACCCGUUCGCAGGGUUCUCCUCUGGCGGCUUCCCUGGCGGUGGAUCAACAUUCACUUUCACGUCUGGCCCAGGCGGAGGCUUCGGUGGAGGUCGUGGUGGUGGAUUCCAGGCGUCCGACCCCAUGAAGAUCUUUGAGACCUUCCUCAAUGGUGGCAUGGGCGGCAUGAAUGGUAUGGGCGGUAUGGGAGGUUUCCCCGGGACCUCAGGUACUUCACGGCGCGCCGCAUACGAUGACGACGAUGACGACGAUAUGGGCGGCUUCUCGUCGUUCGGCGGGAUGCCCGGUGGGAUGCCUGGCGGCAUGGGCGGCCGUCCCAGACCAUCACGCUCUGCGUCCGGAUUCGGCGCAGGCCCCUCUUCACCAGCCGCUCCCGCAGAAGUAACACGACCGAUUAAGGUCUCGCUCGAGGACCUCUACACCGGCGCGACGAAGCACCUGAAGGUCGGCCGGAAACUUGCAGAUGGACGACAAGAGGAUAAAAUGGUGGAGAUCGUCAUUCAGCCUGGCUGGAAGCCCGGUACGAAAGUGCGUUUCCCGAAGGCAGGCAACGAAACCGCCAGCGGAGAUGCGCAAGACCUCGUCUUCGUCGUCGAGGAGAAGCCCCACGAGAAGUAUGCGCGUGACGGCAACGAUCUCAUUGUGAAGGAGAAAAUACCCCUUGUCGAGGCGCUUACCAGCGAAGGCGGCAAGCGCACCAUUACGCUGCCUGACGGACGGAAGCUACAGGUGAACAUACCUGCCGGUGUCAUCAAGCCGGGCCAGGAGACACGGGUACUGCGCGAAGGCUUCCAGUACAGGAAGCCGACGCCAGGACGGGGCGAUCUCCUCGUCCGUUGGGAGGUCACCUUCCCUGACCGUCUCUCGGCCAGCCAGAAGGAGGACGUGAAGAGGGUCCUUGGUGCAUAA